AUGGCAACCUUACGCCUUGGUGCUGGGCAACCUGGGCAGCCUGGGCACCCUGGGCAGCCUCAGCGACAGUAUGUGGCAGCGCGCGGCCCAUACCCGCAGCCGGUCAUGCAGCAUGCAUUGCUGGAACAUCAGCAGCUGUAUCUUCCACUCCUGCCGCAAGCAUCGCAAGCUGGCGUCUCGACAAUGCGAAACAGGAGAGCCUCGGCGGGUCCGGAGGUGCACCAGCGCCCUGCAGCCCUUCUUCGUGAGCACGAGCGGAAGGUCCUUGUGCGUCGACAGCCGUUGCAGGAGUUGCGGCGGCAUCCUGCACAGAUGGAGCCGAGGAACUUUCCGCAGCCAUUGCCAUCCGCAUGGCGGGCCGAUUACGAGCUUUGGCCCGGCUGUGAAAAGCUGGGCGGCGGCGCUUUUGCUGAGGUCUUUCUCGUUCGCCACCGUCUUAGCCACAGAGGUUUCGCGGUGAAGAUGAUGAACCGGCCGAACUUCAAGAAUCGAGGCAUCGAGUGCCAGGUUGAUUCGGAGAUCGAAGCAAUGCGUCAUGCAGCCACACUUUCCAGAGACAUGCAGGAUGCGGAGACCUUCGUCUUGCGACUUCUGGACGUCAAAGAGGAGGGUGACUAUGUUUACCUGCUCUUGGAGUUUUGCGAACAAGGAGACCUGCUUCAAAAGCAGGGGAGGCUCUCGGAAAGGGAGUUGAAGGUUCUUGCCCGGCAGCUCAUGCUGGGACUGCAGGCCGUGCACCAGCUUGGGUAUAUCCACAGGGACAUCAAGCCGGACAAUCUUUUGUGCACAGCUGAUGGUAGGCUGCGCAUCGCAGACUUUGGUUGGUGUUGCUUGCAGCGGGACAGCCCAACCAGCCUUGCAGGCACGCUGCUUUACAUGGCGCCGGAAGUGCUCUCCAAUGCGCCGCAGACAGUGCAAGCCGACUUGUGGAGUGCCGGGGCGACUCUUUACCAGAUGAUGACAGGGAAGACUUUGCUUCAAACAAACGUCGAACCAGGCAUCACGAAGCUCUCAGAGCGAGACCCGCAUCAAGCAACAGCACUUCGCCAGCAGUGGCUGCUCGAGGAGAUCCACCAGAUCUGCCCUCCCUCGAAGGAAAGCAAGCCGAGCCAUGUGAGCGCUGUGGCUUGGGACCUCCUGCGGAAAAUGCUUGCCAAAGAUCCUGCAGAGCGUGUCUCCAUCGAGCAAGCCUUGGACCAUGAAUGGUUGAGACUUGGACAGAAGGAUGUGCGAGCAAGAAUGGCUGCUGAGCAGGAAUCGAGUGAGGGAAAUUCUGUCUUGACAAGCCCAUUGCCAUCUCGACGCAAGGAUGCGAGGUCGCCCCAGAAGGAUGACAAAGCUUGUGGUGUUGAGGGGUCCAAUGGGUCCACCCAGGAUGUGAUGGACGUGAUGCCGACACCCUCAAAGCCACGAUCCUCGAAGCCGACGAUGGCUUACACACCCCCAGUGUCUCCCGAAGUGACUCCGGAGCGCACGCGGCAAGAUCCCGAGGAGAAAGAGAAUAGCCGAGACCCGGAAGUGUCGCCUGAGCACAAGAUGCGCCUGCAGAGCUUGCAGCUAAAGGUGGAGAACAAGUGGACCUCGCCCAAGGACCACCUCUCCGAGAAGUCUGCCGGCAGCCAGACCUCGAAGCUCGAAUCACCUUCGCGGGGCUACGACAUGAAGCCGCACCGCAAGACGAUCGCCUCGCAAAUGCCUCGGUGGGAGCUCAAGCGCUGGCUGGAGAACAUGCCCUGGAGUCAGCUGGGCGAAGGGCAUCCGAACCAAAUUGAGCAGCAGACCUCUGUGAGCAAGGGCCAGGCACAGCUCUUUGGAGUGCCUGAAGAAGGCGACUCAGAGCCUCAGUCAGGAGGUUCUUCAUCCGUGAAGGUGCCGCUUGGCCAGGCACUGCCGCGUUCACCCUUUGCAGAGACCGGAGACUUGCUCACAACCUCUGCCCCGGCAAGUCGCUUCAACUUGCGCGGCUUGGCCACGGGCAUUGCGGGUCCCAGGGACACUGACAAAGCCCUCGAGCUGCUGACUCCUCGCAUGGAGAAGCCGCAAGUUGGAUCGCAUCCAGUCGGCGUCAAUGCACCGAUGCCGGUGCCCGUGCCGCCGAUGCCAAUGCCAGGAAAUGCUCGGACAGGGGCCAAGGUCCAUGCAGCAUUCUGCCUAUCGCCGCCACACCUGAACAGGUACCAACAGGGCAGUCCGCUGCGUCCUCGUGUCUUCCACGCACCGGCUGCUGCUCGUCCAGCCGCCCCAGUGCAAAAUGCACAAGUGUUGACACAGACACGCCCCCUCCCAAACCAGAUUGCUUACGCGCCCGGGAAUGGGGCAGCCUUGCCACUGUCGACCGUGUGGAGUUGUCAGUCCCCGCCGCGCCUGCGUGGCCCCGUCAUCCAGAUCGCUCAUUGGCCACAGCCUGUGCCGGACGCUCGGAUGCAGUCAGCGAUGCAGUGA